UUCGCCAUGUCCACGUUAGAUGCCUUUGAAAUAUCAGCCCCUGGAAAGGUGAUUCUUCACGGGGAACACUCUGUUGUCUAUGGCAAACCUGCUAUUGCGGGUCCCAUUGGACUCAGAACCUACCUCACGUUCACGAAAUUAGAACAACCAGAAAUAAUACUCGAUUUCGCCUCGAUACCAUUUGUAUCAUCGCUAUCGCUCGAAUCAUUCAACUGUUUCCUGGAGGAACUCAACUGCGGAACAGAUCUGGCACCGUUCGAUUUUCUCCAGAAAAUGAAACACACAGAGUCCUUCUUCUUCGCACAAUACGUAUCCACCCAGCCGGCGGGUGAUUCCGUGAAGGAACGAUUCGCUCUUGGUACCGCUCUCUAUAUGCUGAACCGCGUACUGCAAGCCGAAGGAAUUAAAUCGCUACCGUUCGGGUUCCGAUUCACGCUUAAAUCGGUCAUGAGUAUCGGCGCCGGACUGGGUAGUUCCGCGGGUUACGGUGUUUGCGUUUCUGCCGCUAGCUUCGUUCUCUCGAAAAUUGCUAAACAAGAGCUGAAUGCUGCUAAUGUCGGCAGCUUUUCAUUCCAGCACGGCGAUCCGUCGGUGCUGGAGAAAAUCUCUCAGUGGGCUUUCGAUUCGGAGAUUGUGAUGCACGAGCGUCCCUCCGGAAUCGAUAACACCAUAUGCACCUACGGUAAUCUCAUCAAGUUCACACGUGGCGCUCCUUUCGAGACGGUUGCUCUCCGGCAACGAAUCCACCUGUUGGUUGUGGAUACUGGCGUCAGUCGUUCGACCUCCAAAAUGGUAGCAAACGUUGUUACGAUGAAGGAAAAAUACUUCAAGAUGAUGGAUUCCAUUCUGGACGCGAUGGGUCACUUAGUAGAUGAUGUCGUCUCGAUUCUGGAAGAUGAAGCAGAUCGGUUUCAGGAGCUUUCCACACUGGUCUCGGUCAACAAUAACUUACUACGAGCCAUCGGUGUCAGUCAUCCGUCUUUAGAGGUGAUUUUUCAGCUUGCCGAAGCCGGGGGAUUCCACGCUAAGUUAACAGGUGCUGGUGGUGGCGGUUGUGCGCUAGUGUUUCUUCCUGAGAACUACGAAACCAAGCAGGAGUUUACCCAGUUGACAAACAAACUGCAAGAAGCUGGUUUUCACUCGAUUCAAACAACGAUGGGCGGCGAAGGAGUGAAAUUUAGAACGCUCGGAUGACGCUCAGGUAAGCGCAAAUAUUCGGCCGAUUUCUCGAAACAAGUGGUGUAGGGAUUGAUCAAAAAAAUAUUGUUCAAAAUUGUGUCUAAUUUCGUUUUCGUAUUGUUGAUAGAUUAAUCAGUAUUGGUUCGCGGGGCAUUAUUUAUUCUAGUUUCAUAACAGUAAAGAACUUGGAAACGCUAGGUUGCAAAAAGUAUUACCUAA